UGCACGGUUAGAGCAGGGAGGGGAUUGCCACAUGCUUUGCAAAAGUAACCGCUGCAGCACCCUGGUGUGAACAAGACAUGGGGCACCGAACUCAUCUGAAAUUCCCAGCUGUUUGCCUUGAUCUGCAGCUGGCCCAGCAGCACUGUGAUUUUUACUGGGACAGGAGGGGGACGCUGUACAUCCAUCCCUUCUUUGUGCUGCCUGUGAAGGAAAAGGAGAGAUACCCACAUCCACUUGCCAUCCCACUGCUCAGGGCAAAGACCCACUGGCAUUUGAGGCGAGUGUCACCUCUGAAUGUACGGACCUACCAGACCUUCCCCUCAGGGAAGAGAAUCAGCACCGAGGAAAGACAGAACCGAAACACCUAUUUCGAGUACCUAGCCUAAGCAGUGGCAUCCAGUGUACCCCCGGUGGAAACCUUGUUUUCCAGCUGGGAGAGAAAUAACACGAAAACAAAGGAGAGAGAACUUGC